AUGGUCAAGGGAACUAUUGCACUCCUGGCUUUGGCUGCUCCAGCCCUUGCCGGUGUCAUCCAAGGGCGUGGCGGAGAGCCCGAUGAGAAGAAGCCAGCCACCACCAAGAAGCUUGUUCUCACCACCGACCCUCCCCGUACCAUCACCAAGACUACUACCUAUGUGACCACCGAGACCCCAGAAACCACUACUGUUGUUGUCUCUGGCAACAAGACUCUUACGGUGCCUAUCACUCUCACCAACACCGUUACUUUGACCAGCACAUGGUGCGAGGAGGAGGGCAAGACUAUUGUUCCCACCGGCAAGGAGCCAGUGCCCACUGGCGUGAAGCCCCAGCCUAAGCCCAACCCUACUGGUACUGUCAUUCCUGUCAAGCCAACCACCAGCCACGGCACUGCUCCCAUCAAGCCGACUACCAGCCACGGCACUGCUCCCAUCAGACCAACCACCAGUCAUGGCACUGCUCCCAUCAGACCGACCACCAGUCAUGGCACUGCUCCCAUCAGACCGACCACCAGUCAUGGCACUGCUCCCAUCAGACCAACCACCAGUCAUGGCACUGCUCCGAUCAACCCGACUACCAGCCAUGGCACUGCUCCCAUCAAGCCAACCACCAGCCACGGCACUGCCCCCAUCAUCGGCACUGGACUUCCCCCAGCUCCUUUCCCCAGUCACACCAUCCCCGCCAACGGCACUGUUCCUACCACCAAGCCCGGUCCUUUCCUGAACACCACCAGCAUCCCCAGCGGAACCCAGCCGGUGCCUGUUGCUCCGGGUGUCACGGGCACUGUUCCUUCCGUCCCUGGAUCUCCCACCGGCGUUGUGCCUGUUGUUCCUGUCGUGCCCGGCGGAUCUACUCCGUCUACUCCUGGCUCUACCACUCCCGGACAGCCUGGUGAAUCUAUCCCUGGUGCUCCUGGUGCUCCCGGCUCCUCCACUCCUGGUGCUCCCGGCUCCUCCACUCCUGGCGCUCCUGGCGCUCCUGGUGCUCCUGGCUCUUCUACCCCCG